AUGGCGCCCUCCACCGCUGCCGCCGCCAAAAAGCCCGCCGCCGCCCCCGAGCGCAAGUAUAAGUGCCAGUUCUGCAACCGCGCCUUCAGCCGCUCCGAGCACCGCAGCCGCCAUGAGCGCUCUCACACCAAGGAGCGCCCCUUCAAGUGCCUGAAGUGCCGCAGCACCUUCGUCCGCCGCGACCUGCUGUUGCGCCACGACCGCACCGUGCACGCGAAGGAUGGCGGCAUCCCCUUGGUCGCCGAGGGCCGCCGACGUGGCCCAAAGGCUGCCAGCAACAACAACACUGCCAACAACGCGGCCUCUGCCACCACCACCACCACCUCCACCGCCGCCUCCAAACCCUCCAUCACCAUCGACCCCGCCGCCCUCGAGCACAUCGAUGCCGCCAGCGACGGCAUGGUGGAUCUGGAAACCGCCGCGCUGCUCAUGACCGACUUCCAGCACAAGGCCGCCGCCUCCGCCUCCCAGAACCACCACCCCCGCGAGCCCGCCGAGCCCACCUACGCCGCCGCCGCCGCCGCCGCCGCUGCCGACCCCGCCGUCAUUCUCGAGCCGUCCUCCGUCGGCUACCUGCCCGGCAACGCCACCCUGCCCCAGAUGCCCUGGGACACCUUCAUGUCGCCGUCCGACGUCAAGCCGCACUCCAUCCUCCCGGAUUCCAAGCUGCCCUUCGCCCCCGCCCAUCCCCACCCGGCCCAGCUCACCUCGUCCAUCGAGCGCAGCAACUCCGUCUCCGAACCCCUGGCCCCCGCCCUGCAUUCGCUCGUGCACUCCCUGCCCGUCUCCGGCAAUUCCACCCCCAAUGCCCUCUCGCCCUACCCGUCCAUGACCGGCCCCGUCUCGCCCGUCAAUUAUCGUCGCUCGCCCGGCCCCAGCCAGAUGCUCACCCAACCCAAGCCGCCGCAGAUCGCCAGCGACGCCGAGCGAGACCUGAUUGCCGACCGCAUCAACGCCACCGAUGCCGCUGGCGCCCUGCCCGACACCUUCCAGCUCCCCACCACCGCCGCAAUGAACCGCUACCUGUCGACCUAUUUCAAUAUGUACCAUCACCAUUUGCCGUUCUUGCACCAGGGCUCCUUCUCGCCCAAGGACAUCUCGUCUCCUCUGCUGCUGGCCGUUUUGUCCAUCGGCGCCUUGUACACCUUUGAAAAGGAGCCCGCCUUCAGCCUGCAUAUUGGCUCGAAGGUGCUCGUCAAUCAGUUCUUGCAGCACAAGGAGAACUUCGACUCCAGGAAGUGUCCCUUGUGGGCCAUGCAAAGCACUCUACUGAAUAUGAUCUUCGAGAGCUGGAGUGGUGACCCCAAGGGUCUUGAGUGGACCUGCUCGAUAAAGAGUUUGCUUGCCAAUAUGGUCGCUGGCAAUCGCUAUCAACUGAAGCUCCGCAUGGAUGCCCGAGGAGCCGCUCUGCCCAACCAUGAGGACUGGAUCGAGGAUGAAGCCUGCCGUCGUACCUACUACGCCGUGUACGUCUUCUUUGGCAUGCUGACUCUCACAUUCAACCACACCCCGACAAUGAGCUUCGACGAGUUCGAUGCCCUGGAGCUGCCCUCAUCCGAGUCCCUGUGGAACCUCGAGGUGACCGACAGCUAUACCUGGCGCCGAAGUCUCUCGACAUACCACCCGGUGUCCUCCCGCGAAGCCCACGACGGCCUCUUCCGCGGAGAGGCCGUGAGAUAUAGCGCCUUCGCCACACGCAUCCUCAUCAACGCCCUCUUCCUCGAGGUGUGGUACCACAAGCGAAGUAUCGAAGCCCUCCAGGACGUCGUCAUGGGCUACAAGCUGCGACUCGCCCUCGACACCUGGGAGAACUCGCUCGAUCUGUGCGAGCCCGAAACCAUUGUUGCUCCCGUCAGCACCCCGCAGAAAGGCCAUCCGCUGAUCUUCAACUCGAUGGCCGUCUACCGCAACACUCGCGCGCGCCUCGAAGUCGACCUCAAGUCCAUCCAGGAAGCCCUGCGCUACCACUCCUCGUACGAGGUCGCCGCCGCCAUGACCGUCGCGCGCGACAAGGUCAAGCGGUCGCAGGAAAUGAACAAGGUCAUCCAGCAGUGCUUUGAAUGCAUUGAAAUAGCUGCCAUGCAAGGCCUGAACUGGGUGGCCACCGCCUCGGCCACCAACUGGAGCGUCGAGCACCCCCUGUGCGGCAUGGACCUGAUGGUCACCCUGAGCCUGUGGCUGUAUCGCCUGGAACACGACGAGGAGCCCGCCAGCGACGGCGAGCUGGUCCUGUACAACAAGAUUCGAAGCCUCUUCAAUAGCGAUUCCGGAGCGAACUACGGAUCCAAACUCUGCUCCACCGUCGCUCGCGUGUGGGGGAAUAUCCUGGACGGUGUCGUUGUCUGGGGAAUCACCAAACUUAUGGGCGAAGCCUUCAAACUCCACUCGCAGGCUUUGGUUGGAUAUGAGGAUGCCACGAUGACCACCUCGGAUCACCCUCUGGAGCCCAUGCCCACCAAAGGCCUUGCAAGCGUAGGGACUGCCUACUGA